AUGCAGAACGGACGUCCCAACUACCAGAAUACGUAUGGCCAGGGUCCCCCGCCGCCGCCCAACAACCCCGUCUCCUUCGGCCAUGGAGCCCCCCAGGGAUACAACUUCCAGUACUCCAACUGCACCGGCAAGCGCAAGGCCCUGCUGAUCGGAAUCAACUACUUCAACCAGCGCGGACAGCUGCGAGGAUGCAUCAACGACGUCAAGAACAUGUCCAACUACCUGAACCAGAGCUACGGCUACGCUAGACAGGACAUGGUCAUCCUCACAGACGACCAGCAGAACCCCAUGAGCCAGCCCACAAAGGCCAAUAUCCUGCGUGCCAUGCAUUGGCUUGUCAAGGACGCCAGAGCUAAUGACUCCCUCUUCUUCCACUAUUCAGGCCAUGGUGGUCAGACGGCAGACUUGGACGGAGAUGAAGAGGACGGCAACGACGAGGUCAUUUACCCCGUAGACUUCAGAUCCGCCGGCCACAUCGUCGACGACGAGAUGCACCGCAUCAUGGUACAGCCUCUCGUUCCUGGCGUUCGUUUGACCGCCAUCUUCGACUCCUGCCACUCUGGCUCCGCCCUCGACCUUCCAUUCAUCUACUCGACGCAAGGAGUGCUCAAGGAGCCCAAUCUCGCCAAGGAAGCCGGUCAGGGCUUGCUGGGCGUUGUAUCUGCCUAUGCUCGCGGCGAUAUGGGCGGCAUGAUGAGCGGCGCCGUCGACCUCUUCAAGAAGGCCACCCGCGGCGACGAGAGCUUCAAGAAGGCCCGUCAGACCCGUACCAGUCCCGCAGACGUCAUCAUGUGGUCAGGCAGCAAGGACGUGCAGACCAGCGCAGACGCUACCAUCGGCGGUCAGGCCACAGGCGCCAUGUCCUGGGCCUUUAUCACCGCCCUCAAAAAGAACCCCCAGCAGAGCUACGUCCAGCUGCUCAACAGCAUUCGCGAUGAGCUCGCUUCCAAGUACUCUCAGAAACCGCAGUUGAGCUGCAGCCACCCCCUUGGUCAGUAG